AUGAGUCAAAUACUUGCUCGUCCCCCCGAUCCGGAGGGGCAGAGCUCCAAAUCCUCCGCCGUCCCAGUCCCAGUUCCCAACGCUCUCGCGCGUCUCCGCCCGCCGCCCUCCCGCAACGGCCAAAUCAAUGUGGACACCUUCUCCCCCGUCAACGAGAAUGGCAGCUUCGAAUUCGAUCGCGUCUUGAAGACCGGCCGGGUCUCCCGGCGCGUCAAGCACAAGCACAGCUUCCGGGCCUCGUGGAAACCCGCCUAUCUCGUCCUCCGUCCGAAUCUCUUGUCCGUCUACAAAGAUGAGGAAACCACCCGUCUCCGCGUCUCCAUUUCCCUCUCUGAAGUCACGGCCGUGGCUCCCGUCAAGUCCUCACGCUCCAAUCGCAAACAUGUCUUUGGCAUCUUCACCCCUUCCAAAAACUACCGCUUCGAAGCCCUAUCGGAACGCGACGCCGAAGACUGGAUUAACCGUAUUCGCGGUGAAACCCCCGCCGACGAAGACGAAGCCGCCUUUCUCGCUCUCUCGAGAAAACGAGACCCGCCCGCCAUCCAUAAACAAUUGAUUGAAGAUACCACCGAGCAUUCUGAUUUCGAGGGCGCCAGCGCCGGGGCAGGCCGGGCCAGCUCGCCCGAAAUUGGGCAUGGAUUGUCAUCGAAACUCUCGGAUAAUGGACCCCCUCCAACCCGAAACAGCCGUCUCCGGUCGAUGCCCUCGAUCCACACCCUUUCUCUCUCCGCACCAGAGGACAAACCCAUGUCUCUGCCACGAGAUACUAGCCGCCAGUCCGAUCUGGCUAUCCUCCGUGACCCGGAGCGGGUGGUCUGCCAGGGCUAUUUGCAGGGACUGCGGAUUAAGGGCACGGUGCGUCAAUGGAAGCGGCUGUGGGUGGUCUUGCGGUCGAAGAGCCUGGCUUUCUACAAGGAUGACCAGGAAUACUCGGCGAUCAAGAUCAUCUCCAUGUCCCAGGUAAUCGAUGCGGCGGAAAUAGAUCCCAUGUCACGGUCCAAGACCUUCUGCAUGCAGAUCAUUGCGGAGGAGAAGACCUAUCGGCUUUGUGCUCCGGACGAAGAGUCCCUUGCGCGAUGGCUGGGCUCGCUGAAGAGUAUUCUUGUUGCCCGCAAGAAGCUCGAAGCUGGGCCAUCUGCGGCGUAA